AGUAAGGACGCAAGCAUGUGGUGGUGUUUAGUGCGUGCAUAGCACGUGGGAUGCAGUAUUAUGUUCGUUUUUAUAAUGUUUGUAGUUAUGUAAUUGUAGUACCAAUGUUGGAUUGUUUGUUCGGUGUUAAUUAGUCGUGUGCCAUUAAGUGUAAACUUUUGUUCGCGUGAAUUUCUAUAUUAGCUUGGGAGACAUGUCACCUACUCAAGCUCAAAGUAAAACGGAAGAGCGACGAAAACACAAACUUCUCAAGAAAGUUCGAAAACAGGAAAAAUUGUUGAAACUUGCGAAGAAAUGUAACGAAGAGAAGAACGCGCCACCUGACAAAGACAAGCUAGCGGAAGAUGAUAAAAUAUCAUUAUCGUUGAUUGAGUUGCCUACUGUUAGCAUAGCUGUGCCAGGUACUAUUUUGGAAAAUGCUCAGAGUCAAGAACUGAGAACAUAUUUAGCCGGGCAGAUAGCAAGAGCAUCAUGUAUAUACAGAAUCGACGAGAUUAUUGUUUUUGAUGAUAUUUGUGUCGGGGAUGAAACAAAAUGCGAAACUGUGCAAGAAGCGGAUGGCAUCAAGAUGACCCGCCGGAGCUGCACGCAGUUGGCGAGGAUCCUGCAGUACCUGGAGUGCCCCCAGUACCUCCGGAGGUUCUUCUUCCCGCUGCACAAAGACCUCGAGUACGCCGGGCUUGUGAACCCCCUCGAUGCCCCUCACCACCUACGGAAGGAUGAAGAUUUUCCAUUCAGGGAAGGAGUGACGGUGAAGCGGCCAGGGAAACCUGGCAGGUGUGUGGUCAACGUCGGGCUGCAGCGAGACGUGAUCGCCGACCGCGCACUCCUGCCUGGCCUCAGAGUUACCGUGCGCCUCCUGCCGCCGUCCCACAAGGAGGCGAAGCGGACGCGAGCUGCCAUUGUAUCCCCAGUGACACCGCGCGCUGAGACGGGCGUCUACUGGGGGUACACUGUCAGAGUGGCAUCUUCCCUGAGUGCUGUGUUCACACAGUGCCCCUUUGAGGGUGGUUACGACCUCACCAUUGGGACCUCUGACAAGGGUACACCAGCUUCUCAGCUGAAAAGGAAACAACUGUCUGGGUACCGCCAUGCACUUAUAGUAUUUGGUGGUCUCCAGGGGUUGGAGGCUGCUCUGGAAAAUGACGAACAGUUGAAUGUCGAGCAGCCCAGCCUCUUGUUUGACCACUAUGUGAACACCUGCCCUUCCCAGGGAACCCGCACGUUACGCACAGAGGAGGCAUUGCUGAUCUCACUGGCAGUGCUGCAGAAGAAACUGAAAACAAAGGCAGUGCCUGUGCAGAGUCAAGCUGUUGCAGCGGAAGAGGAAACAAAUGAGGAGGUGAUGCAGAUCGAGCAGUGAUUGCCGGUAUUAGAAGAGGAAGCAGAUGACAGGAUUGGGAAAGGCAGAACCCUGGUCAGUCGUAAAAUAUAAAGUGCUAUACAAACCGUAAUAUCUGUGAUGUUAAGUGGAGGUUAUCACUUUAUUGUGUUUAUUUACUGGAUGAUGGAGAGUUUUGUUGUGAGAGUGAAGAACUGAUGCUGUAACUGAUAGAUUUUACCAAGAAAAAAAUUACACAGUUUAAUGUCUCCCCAUGAACAUGCCACAUAGAUAAUAUGGGUAGAGUGACUGAAAACUUGAGAAACAGUUUUUCUUGUGAUGGCUCCAACAAUGACAAAAUUUGAUGUGUUAUUUUUAUAUGAAAUAAAUAUUUAUGAAACUUAA